AUGAAAGAAGAAGAGAGCCCUGAUGAUUCGAAGCCCACCAAGUGGCCUCUCUUCAUCGAGGAGAAAACCAGGAAACUUGCCUUGAAGGAGGAGCUAGAUCUUCCGCUGUCAGAUCAAGCCAAAUUCUUAAGAAAGUUGUCCGGAAAUACUGAGAAACGCGCCCAUCCUCCAGGCCCUGCCCCAGCAACCCCGGCCACGAAGCCGAUCAUUCCACCCCCAACGCCUGUCUCGGUUGACAAAACGGGAGAGAUCCUCGUCCUCCUGAAGUCGAUGCAGAAAACCCAAGGAGUUAUGGGCCAGAAGAUUGAAGCCCUCACUCGAGAACUCUCUACCAUGAAACGCCAUGUCGAAAGCCUCACCGCCAAGGGGACCCAAACCCUCAUCGACCUGGACGAGUGGAUGACGAACCGUCCCAACAUCGUCUGGCAGCAGAGGUCGAUGCAUGACUUUUUGGAACCGCCGCCCGAGAGACAGCUUCCCCCCAUAUUCUCAGCUUUCUCGCCCGCUCCGACACAGACUUCGGCAACUCUCCCCAAGCAGAGCCAGAAGUCUGAGCCUCCAAGCAUGCCUCGGCGUCCCCUGCCGGCGCAGCCCGCGAGGAGAGAAGUUUCCCAGCCUGCUCGUCCUAUGGCAACCAAGACCAUCUCGAAGAGGCGGCCUAGUAAGAUCGCAAGACCACCACAAAACAACACGGAGAUUCAGACCAACUCUGGGAGUGCCGCACGUGGGUAG